AGAAGAUUCACACACAUGCAGAGACCUCAGAGUGUUGCUGCGGAUAUUUCCUCUGUUCAAGCCCUUCACAAGGAAAAACACAUCACAUCUACAUCUACUAUCAUUACUUUGGUGUUGAGAAUAUAACUGAUUGUGACGCUUGCUCUGAAGUGUAAAGAUGGCUACAUCAGAAGAUGACUCUGUUAAAACUCAGGAGGUGCUGGAAGAUCUUAAAGAAUUGAUAUCUACUCAGGAUCUGUCAUCAGCUGUUGACACCAUCAAACAUUUCCUCGACCAGCAAGAUCGUGUAGAACUUAAUAUUGCUGUGACGGGGGAAUCUGGUUCUGGAAAGUCUGCAUUUAUCAAUGCUUUUAGGGGUUUGGGAGAUGACGAUGAGGAUGCAGCUGAAACUGGUGAAGUAGAGACCACUACAGAACCCAAAGCUUACAAACACCCAAAAUAUGAAAAUAUGAAAUUCUGGGAUCUUCCUGGAAUCGGAACACCAAAGUUCAAAGCUGAUGAGUAUCUUAAACUUGUUCAGUUUGAGCGCUAUGAUUUUUUCAUCAUAAUCGCUUCAGAUCGUUUCAGAGAAUGUCACGCUGACCUGGUCAAAGAGAUCAAGAGAAGGAAGAAGAAUUUCUAUUUUGUUCGUUCCAAGAUUGACUCCAGUAUUGAUGGUGCAAAGCGAAGAAAAAACUUUGAUGAGAAAAAGACGCUGGACAUCAUACGAGAGGACUGUGUUAACGGUCUGAGAGAGAUCGGUGUAGAGGAUCCUGUUGUGUUCUUGAUUUCUGGCAGGGAUCUCAACAAGUAUGAUUUUAAUUCACUGCAUGAGAGGAUGGAGACUGAACUCCCACAACACAAGAGACAUGUGCUGAUGCUGACUGUACCAAAUAUCACAACAGAGAUUACUGAGAGAAAGAAGAAAUAUCUAGAGAAAAACAUUUCAAGUGUAGCUUUAUUAUCUGCUGGUGCGGCUGCACUUCCUCUUCCUGGUCUUUCAGUUGCUGUAGAUAUAGCUCUGUUAGUAAAUGAGAUACAAAAGUACAAGACUGCAUUUGGUCUGGAUAAAGAAUCUCUGAAGAAGAUCAGUGUAAGAUCUGGGAUCAAUAUUGAUAUUCUAAUGGGUGUGAUGAAAUCAAUUGUGUGUCAAGGAAUAACUAUUAAUUCAAUUAUACAUCUGCUGAAACAAAGCUCUCUUUAUGUAGCAGAAGAAGCUGUUGAGCGUGUUGUUAGUUUUAUACCCAUUAUAGGCCAAGCUGUGGCUGGAGGAUUGUCUUUUCUGGCAGUUUUUUACAUGCUGAAGAAAAUUCUGAAUGAAAUAGCUGAAGAUGCCAAGAAUGUGCUUCUGGCAUCACUGAAUAAUCCAGUCAAAUCAGACAGAUUUUAGGCUCCAGUAGCUUCAUUUAUACCAGCGUUCAUCACUGUUCUAUUGUUCUGCACUAUUUGGGGGUACUUACAUUUUUUUUAAUAACUUUUAAUAUAUAUUAUAAUUGUAAUAAUCGAUAUGACUCUAAUUUCGAUAAUAAAUAUAUUAGAUAAUAAUAGUAAAAAAUCAAUAUAACAUCAGUAAAAUAAUCUCACAAUAAUCAAAUGGAGUGGUGGUGGUGUAGUGGGCUAAAGCACAUAACUGGUAAACAGAAGGUUGCUGGUUUGAUCCCCACAGCCACCACCAUUGUGUCCUUGAGUAAGACACUUAACUCCAGGUUGCUCCGGGGGGGAUUGUCCCUGUAAUAAGUGCACUGUAAGUCUCUUUGGAUAAAAGCGUCUGCCAAAUGCAUAAAUGUAAAUAAAAUUAGAGUAUAACUCAAAUAAGUAUAAAUGUGAGGAAUUCUGACAUUUUUAAUGGUUAGUUUUUAAACUUGUUAAAAAUGAUUGUGUAACUGCUUGUAUUCACAGAACUGUGUUGAUUUAUGUGUACAUGAUCAUAUACUCCAAUAAUUAUAGAGGAAUAAUUCAAGUUAUCCAGUGAAACUUGUUUAUAAAUGGGAUAGUUAUCUGUUCAUAUAUAUGUUGGGCUUGAUUAUCACAUGUUUCUUUAUUUGUCUUUCUAUUGUGUAUUUUUUA